UCGGCGCUUUCCUGCCCGCCACUUUUCCUUCGUGCGUGGCCUUGGUCAGGGGUUCGCAGGGUCCCGCCAGUCCCGGCGGCAGCAGCGAGCGAAGAGUUUUCCCUCCCCGACCCGGGCUUGCUGGGGCCAGCUAGGGCGCGCUGGGCGGAGCCGCCCCCCUGCGCCGAGGCGGCCGCCGCCGCACUCCAGAAUGUGGAAGCUGGUACCCGCCGCAGGAAAAGGAGAGCCAUAUCGACUUUUAAGUGGUACAGAGUACGUUGUUGGACGCAAAAACUGUCCAAUUCUAAUUCAGGAUGAUCAGUCCAUCAGUCGAAGUCAUGCUGUUCUGACAGUCAGCUGUCCUGACACAGCUUCUAGCCAGUCUCUCUCAGUCCCUGUACUAACAGUAAGAGAUACAUCUAAGUAUGGUACCUUUGUUAAUGGAUCCAAACUCAAUGGCACUACAGUGUCUUUGCAGUCUGGUGACAGAAUCAACUUUGGAGUCUUUGAGAGCAAGUUUAGAGUAGAAUACGAACCUUUGGUUGUUUGCUCCUCAUGUUUGGAUGUAGCUCAGAAAGCUGCUUUAAAUGAAGCCAUCCAGCAGCUUGGAGGCCUUGUAGUGAGUGAAUGGACAAAAGAGUGUACUCAUCUUGUAAUGGUAUCAGUAAAAGUUACCGUUAAGACUAUAUGUGCUUUGAUUUGUGGUCGGCCAAUUAUAAAACCAGAGUUUUUUGUUGAAUUAGUCAAAGCUAUUCAGUCCAGGCAACAGUUGCCAAAUCAUGGGAGCUUUUCUCCUCCAGUUGAUGAGCCUUCCAUUGGCACUGAAAAACUGGAUUUAUCAGAGCGUCAUGAAAGGAAAAAAAUAUUCAGUGGAAAAACUUUUCUAUUUCUAACGGCCAAGCAGCACAAGAAAUUGAGUCCAGCAGUUACUCUUGGAGGAGGGGAAGCAAAGUUGAUGACAGAAGGAAGAAAAGAAACAUCUUCACUGAUUUCUCCUGGAGUUUGUGUUGUUGAUGUGGGGUUGACAAACUCUCAGAUCCUGGGAUCUGACUCCAUGAGAAACUGGACCGAUUCCAUUCUGACUGUCUUGCAAAGCAAGGAUCUCAGGGCUAUUCCCGAGGCAGAAAUUGGAUUGGCAGUAAUCUUCAUGAGUACAGAGAAGUACUGCAACCCCCAAAAGCAGCCCGGUAACAAAGCUGUAACUAAAAGUACUCCUGCUUCAGCUUUUGUAGGGCGAGCCAUUUCUCAGAGUUUGGCUGUGGAUGAAACCAUAAUGCCAGCUGCUGCAGAUGAUAGCACAGUAUAUGUAGCUGAUACAGAAAUACAAGAGCUGACAUGUAUGGAGAUAGAGAAUACUCCUCAGAUAGAGAGAGGAGGGAAGAUGCCUGUCCAGGAUAUAACCUCUGUGAAGAGCAACCCUAGCACAAGUGGCAGUGUAAAUUCAGGAACGUCAACAUCUAGAGUGAGCAGAACAUCAAGGUUAAGUCAUCCCAACUUGCCAUCUAAAAUUUCAGAAGCUGGUAAACCUAGUGAGCGUGCUUCAUGUCACCAGUCUAACUUAAUUAAAAAUUACUUCCAGCUUGCUAGAAAAAGGGAAAGAGAUGAAGAUGGAGAAGAAACAUCUGUACCCAAACUAACAAAACUAGAGGAAAGGUCACUGCCUGUUUCCAAGUGCACCGAACCCACAGCUUCAUCAGUGUGCAACAGUAAAGCAGAACAGCAUCAAAAAGAAAAUAAUAUCCUGGACUCAAACCCAAAUUUUGCAUUAGACAAAACAGAUAGAGAACUUAUGAGGGAAAGUGGCAAACUAGCAAGUGCUGCUAAAACAGACACUAAAACUACUUCUAGUGAAAAGCAUGCACCAAAGAAGAGAAAGGAAUUAGAUGAUUUACCUGAAGAUAAAGAGACACUAGAAAUUGUGUUUGGAAGCGAAGACCUGGAUUGGGAAGAUCAAAUGGCAGAUCACAACCAGGAAGCUCAUGGAAAUAAACACAAAAGAAGGUGUUUAGAAGCCAAAGGAAGCAGGAUUCAAGACAUAAAUGUAAAGCAGAGAGAGGAAAACAAAAUAUUGAAAGAAGGGGAACUUGGAUCAGAUCUAACUUCAGAAAUGAAAAGUGAGAUCAAGCAAGAAUCAGUCUCGAACGACAAUAAACUGCAAGAUGACUCCAGCAAUCUUCCCAGCAGACUUCUGUUGAGUGAGUUUAGGUCGCUGGUUGUCAGCCACCCGGGACAGAAUGGUCGGCCUCCUGCAAGUACCAGCUACGGGGGAAAGAAAAACUUCAAAACCUUCAAAAAGGUCACUUACCCAGGGGCAGGACAACUUCCAUACAUUAUUGGAGGAUCAGAUUUGAUUGCUCACCAUGCUAAAAAGAAUUCGGAGCUGGAAGAUUGGUUAAGGCAGGAAAUGGAGGAGCAGAACCGACAUGCAAGAGAAGAGUCGCUCGCUGAUGAUCUCUUUAGAUAUGAUCCUACUGUGAAAAGGAGAAGAUAAGUAGCAUCCUGAAUUUACAGCGAUGCUCUAGCCAAAUCUGCUUUCUGUUCCUUACGUUUGCUGGUUACAGUGUGUAAUAUAUACCCACAAAUGACCAUUUGAGCUGUCUGUUAUUGUGAGACUUGUUUUUAAGUCCUCCUGUUAUUAAAAAAAAGAAAAGUUUUCUUUCA